GAAUCCAAGAUGGCCUUCAUGUUAAGACAAAGUGCCCGAUGCCUUCCCACAACCAGCAGACUUGCAGUAAUCAGGCCGAUCAGCUGCUGCCCCCACCUCCAGGCACCAGCUGUCCAGGCAAAAACUAAGAAGACACUUGCAAAGCCAGGAGUAAAGAAUGUUGUUGUGGUUGAAGGCGUUCGUACCCCGUUCCUGCUCUCCGGCACCACAUUUGUAGAUCUGAUGCCCCAUGACCUUGCCAGGACAGCAUUACAGGGUUUGCUGAAUCGGACAGGUAUUCCUAGGGAGGCUGUUGACCACAUUGUGUAUGGCACCGUCAUCCAGGAAGUGAAAACUAGCAAUGUUGCCCGUGAGGCUGCUCUUGGAGCCGGUUUCUCUGAUAAGACUCCCGCUCACACCGUCACCAUGGCAUGCAUCUCCUCCAACCAGGCCAUGACCACAGGGGUCGGGCUGAUUGCAUCGGGUCAAUGCGAUGUGGUGGUGGCCGGUGGUGUGGAGUUCAUGUCUGAUGUCCCAAUUCGUCAUAGCAGGAAAAUGAGGAAGGCAAUGUUAAAUCUUAACAAAGCCAAGACCAUAGCCCAGAAGCUUUCUCUGGUAUCCAGAAUCCGUCCUGACUACUUUGCCCCAGAGCUUCCAGCCGUGGCAGAGUUCUCUACCAGUGAGACAAUGGGGCACUCGGCAGACAGACUGGCCUGCAGCCUUCGCCGUGUCCCGUGUGGAACAGGACGAGUACGCUCUGCGCUCACAUACCCUGGCCAAGAAAGCCCAGGAAGCUGGAAAUCUCUCAGAUGUCAUCCUUACAAAGUGCCAGGCAAAGAUACAGUGGACAAAGACAAUGGAAUCCGGCCCAGCUCUAUGGAGCAAAUGGCAAAGCUGAAACCAGCUUUCAUCAAACCAUUUGGGACAGUGACUGCUGCCAACUCCUCUUUCCUGACGGAUGGGGCCUCGGCUGUCUUGCUCAUGUCUGAGGAGAAAGCGCUGGCCAUGGGAUACAAGCCUAAAGCCUAUCUACGGGACUUUGUCUAUGUAUCUCAGGACCCCAAAGAUCAGCUUCUUCUUGGGCCAACCUACGCCCACACCCAAAGUGCUUGAGAAAGCCGGUCUGACGUUAGCAGACAUCGAUGCCUUCGAGUUCCACGAGGCCUUUGCUGGGCAGAUCCUGGCCAAUAUGAAAGCAAUGGAGUCUGAGUGGUUUGCCCAGAAUUGCAUGGGAAGGAAAACGAAGGUCGGCGCUCCUCCCCUGGAGAAGUUUAACACCUGGGGUGGAUCACUGUCUCUCGGUCACCCUUUUGCUGCUACAGGUUGUCGCCUGGUGAUGGCAGCUGCUCACCGGCUGAAGAAGGAUGGAGGACAGUAUGGCCUGGUGGCAGCGUGUGCUGCUGGAGGACAGGGUCAUGGAAUGAUUGUGGAGGCCUAUCCCCAAUAA